GUUGGGCUUCCCUGACGCCGGAAGCAGCUUCAGAAAAUUAUGGCGAGCGACGAAUCAGAAAAAUACGACGAAAGCUGCAUUUUUUGCCUCAUAGCCAAGAACCAAGACGAAGAAACUGAAGUCAUUAAACAGAAUGAGGAGCUGGUGUGUUUCAGAGACAUCUGUCCUGCUGCUCCUCAUCACUACCUGGUGAUUCCCAGAGAGCACAUCCACAGCUGCUGCUCGCUGAGCAGGGAGCACAUCCACCUCGUUGAGAGGAUGACUUCCAUGGGAAGAGCUGUACUUAAAGAACAGGGGAUUACCAACAUGGAAGAAGUGAGGCUGGGUUUCCAUCAGCCACCCUUCAUCUCAGUGGGCCACCUUCACCUCCAUGUCUUAGCCCCCGUCCGACAAAUCUCAACCUGCUUUGAGUAUAAAUUUACACCAGAGACCGAUUCUUUUGUCACUGUGGAAUCUUUAAGGAAGAAACUACUGAAAACUGCUCCACUUACUGGGAUCAGGUGUAUUUUUGGAAAAUGUUUCGGACUACCCUAAAGAGGAAUGUAUCUUUGAAGCAAAAUUGUGUUUUUGUUUCAAGUGAAUGUACUGCAUGACUCUUUUCCAAAUAUUUGCGUGCCUUAAAGAAAGUAUUCCUAUCAUGUUAUACAGACUGUGUUUAAAUUAUAAUGUUUGAUGCAACAUAUUUCAGGAAAUAAUAUUCCAAUUUAGAUCAAAUACCAAAGUUCAAUGCAUGAAUGUUGUUAUAGAAUCAUAUGAAACUGAUGUAAAUUCCACGAAGCACUGCUAUGAUAAUUUAUUUUUUUAAUAUGUGUUGAGCUUUAACUUAAAGUAUAAAUAAUUUGCUUUAGAUUAUAGUUCAUUUUCUCAAUAAAGGUCAAUUGAACCGAGACUUCCAACAAAGGAAAUCUUAUGGACGGAUCAAAAUAUGCCUCCAAAUGAGGAAUUACAGGCCAACUCCAUUGGAGGUUGGAGACUUUUGUUUUUAUUGACUGUUCAGUUUACAUGAUAGAGCUCCAUUCUUCAGAGCAAAAGGAGGAGCUCCACUCAUAUCACCAAGAGGCCUCUGGGAAAAACUUGAGACAAGCACACUAUUUUAUUUAUUUAUUUUUUUUUGCUGUUUUGUAACUGUAGCACUUUUAUUCCCUUUUCUGAGGGAUUUAUUUAAUUGUCUAAGUUAAGUUGAAGUUCAGUCUUUUAGAAAUGUAUUUACUGGAAUGUGCACGGAUAUUCAGGAACAUAAAAUCUUUAAUGUGCUGCAUAACAAAAUAAUUAUUUAAAAUUAUGUUUUGUGAAAAACUAUUGUUUUGAAGAUUAAACUAUCUAUCUGACUCUA